GAUAACGCUUGACGGACAAUAUCUCGCUCGUAUAUCUGUCGGUAUCGGCAGCCGUUAUCAGCGUCCGAUACCAUGCUCUCGAUAAAAUUGAAGGCUUUACCUUCUAUAUCUUACUUUUGUGCCGGAUCGCAACAGUGACGAUAGUGCGGUCAAAAUGAAUUCUGCCCUCUGGCUGUUAUGUAUAGCGGCUGCGUUAGCCAGCUGCUCCGGGGUCUCAAUCCCCUUGAGACAAGACCCGGAGACUCUCUGCCGGAACCAGGAAGACUUCCUGAGGAUCGCCAGCGUUGAGAGCUGCUUCUUGUACUACCAGUGCUAUUCGGGACGUUCGUAUUUGAUGCAAUGCCCUCCGCACACGUGGUUCAAUGAACAGGAGCAGGUAUGCGACUGGACCGCCGCUCCAUCCCACUGCGUUCACCCAGAACCUGAACCUGAGCCUGAACCUGAACCUGAGCCUGAACCCGAACCCGAGCCUGAACCCGAACCCGAGUCUGAAUCUGAGGAACAAGAAGUAGAACCUGAAGAUAGUGAAGGUUCCGGCGAGGAAUGGCAAGACGACGCCAUCAAACGCUACGUAAAACGCUUCAGAGGAAUCAAACAAGAGGACGUCCAAGAAGAUGAAGAAGAAGUGAAAAAGCUAAGACAAGAAGAGGACGAUGAAUUCGACGGAGAAUAUUUAGAAGAUAACCGCAAAGCACAAGAAGAAAUCGUCGAUGAGCAAGAAGAUGAUUUACUCGAAAAAGCUAAGAGGCUAAUGAGGCAAGAAGCUGACGAUGAAGAUGCUGACGAUGAGGAAGAAUCAAAGAAACGUCAGGAGGAAAAUGAGGCUGAUGAUGAUGAGGACGAGGAAGCCAAAAAACGUCAAGAGGAAAAUGAUGAUGAGGCUGAUGAUGAAGAAGAGGCUAAGAAACGUCAAGAGGAGAACGAGGAUGAGGAUGAAUCAGAAGUCGAAGAAUCUAAACGCCAAGAGGAAGAUGAAGAUGUUGAGGAGCAAUCUGAUGAUGAAGUGAAACGUAAGAAGCGUCAAGUAGAAGAUGAUGAUGACGAGGAUGAUGACGAAGAGUCUAAGAAGCGUCAAGAAGAAGAUGAUGAUGAGGAAGCAGAUGAUGAAGAGUCUAAGAAGCGUCAAGAAGAAGAAGAUGACGAUGCCGAAGACGCCGAUGUGAUAAAGCGUAAGAAACGUCAAGUGGAAGAUGAGGAUGACGACGAUGAUUGGGAAGAUGACGAAGAGGAACUCAAACGUAAGAAACGUCAGGCAGAAGAUGAGGAUGACGAUGACGAUGAAGAAGAAUCUAACAAGCGCCAAGAGGAAGUUGAUAAUGAAAACGAUGAUGAUGACGAUGACGUAAAACGCAAGAAGCGUCAGGCUAACGAUGAAGAUGAUGAUGAAGACAACGACGAGGAGGAACAACUCAAACGUAGGAAACGUCAGGUUGAAUCUGAUGAUGAAGCAGAAAGUGAGAUUGAGCCAAGGAACAGACAGGAAGACGCCGAAGAUGACGAGGCUGCUGAUGAUGAUGAUGAUGAGGCUGAGGAUGCUGACGAAGGAGACGAAUCCAAGAGAAGCCAGGAAGAAGACGACGAACAAGCCAGUGACGAGAAUGACGAAAACAAUGACGAAAAUGACGACGAACAAGAUGACGAUGAAUCAGAUAUUGAGGAGUUGAGGGCAAAGAAGUUCUUCAAAAGCUUAUUCAGAAUUUAAACUCAGAAAGACUUCGGAAGCAUUGACAAAUGCUAUCUUGAAGAGCCUUCAGAAGUCAUAGAUUAAUUAGUUUUAAUUUAUUUAAGUUUAGAAAAACACUUUGUGCAAUUUUGUAAAUAUUUAUUGUUGUUAUUACAUUAAUUAGUUAUUGACUGUG